AUGACGUCGUCUCCGCUCGACUUCCGCCGCCGCUCGCUGUCCGAGGGCUCCCGCCUCAACUUCAUCGUCGAGGAGGCCGAGGACGAGCCCGAGGACUUUGCUCUGCUCUCGCCCGAGCAGCCCACGGACGACCUCCACCCGCUGCUGCACCACGGCGGGGAGAGCUUCGCCGCGCUGGAGCAGCGCUCCAAGUCCGAGAGCUUCAUCUGCACGGCGCAGGGCGUCGUGUUCCAGGACACCAAGUGCCAGAGGUACCAGUCCAAGAUCGACAGCCUCGUGGCGCUGGCCGCCAGCUCCUCCAGCUCGCAGAGCAACGUGCUGCUGGCCAAGAAGGCGCUCAGGUAUCGCAAAGUGCUCGAGCGCCGCCGCAACGUGGUCUGA